UGUUAUAUCACACUUUUCUUGCAGUGUAGAAUGUGUGAUGGAUUUUAUGAUUGUUAUCUUGCUUUCUUAACAUAUAUUGCCAAGUUUUUAAAGGUCUUGGUGCCAAAGUAUGUUUCAAAAUAGGUUAGCUGACAUGAUCAUAAAUAUGAUUGUGACUAAUCUGGUAUCGGCAUAUAGCGAGUCCAAGCACUGUUAAUUGCCUUUGGAAGUUUCCAGCUUCUGGUUUCUGUACAUAGUACCCUGUGAAUAUAUUAUGAAAGUGGGCGUUCUGCAUGGGCAGUUAUCAGUAACGUAAAUUUACCAAUGAAUAAUCUGCCAGGAUUUGUCAUUUGAUGGAUGCUGAAUGAACUUCAAAUUAACUAAAAAAUUGGGUUUGUUUGGUUUGAGUUUGGGGUUAAAUAAUAUUAUAAUGUGAUAUUUUGUGAGUGUGGGAAAUCAGAGGAAAGAAGAUUGUAUUUCCACUAUAUUUGAAUUGAUAGUACGCAGAGUUAAAAAAAUGAGAUUACAAUGAGGAAAAAAGGAAAUAAACAAACUGAUUCUCUCAAUUAAGGGACUGACUAAAUCCCUCAAUUUAAGGGAUUACAAAUCAAUUCUCUAAACAUAUUUGAAUUACAAAUUGAUUCUCCUAACAUAUUUACAUUAUAACUCAGUUAUUCUUUGACAAUCCCCCUCAAGCUGAGGAAUAGAUGUCUUCCAUUCCUAGCUUGAACUAUUCAGCCCCUUUGUUAGAACAUCUGCUAAUUGUUUCUUUUAACAUAUUUGAAUUACAAAUUAAUUCUCUUAACAUAUUUGAAUAACAUAUUGAUUCUCCUAACAUAUUUACAUUAUAACUCAGCUAUUCUUUGACACUCCCCCUCAAACUAAGGAAUAUAUGUCUUCCAUUCUUAGCUUGGAUACAAGAUCAUGGAAACUUGAACCAUUCAGCCCCUUUGUUAGAACACCUGCUAAUUGUUUCUCUGAUGACAUACAUACUAACCCUUCUUCUAGUUUUUCUUUGAUAAAAUAUCUAUCAAUUUAAAUAUGCUUUUUCCUAUCAUGUUGUAUAAGAUUAUGAGCUAUAUUAAUAGCUGACUUGUUGUCACAGUAGAGCUUCAUAGGACCUUCCCAUUUGACUUUCAAAUCAUCCAAAAUGAUCCUCAACCAUAGCAAUUCGCAUAAUCCUUGAGCAAUUGCCCUAAAUUCUGAUUCUGCUGAUGACCUUGCCACUAUAAUGUCCUCAUACAUUAUAAUGUCCCAUUUUAUUUUUGGGUUGAUUCUAUUCUUACAUCAUGUUUCCUCAUCAAUCCUCUUCCAUCUGCUAUCUUAGGACAUAAGAUUCCCAUAACAUGUCUUCAGCCUAAUAUGUUCCUGUACCUUUUACCUCUCCGUGUAUUUGGUUGUACGUACUUUGUUCAUAACCAUUCCCCUGAAUUGGACAAAUUAUGUUCUCGAUCCGUCAAAUGUGUUUUUCUUGGGUACUCUCGAGUUCAAAAAAGAUAUAAAUGUUAUUCUCCUCUCACUCGUUGAUAUUACCUUAGUGCGGAUGUCACGUUCUUUGAGUCAUCACCAUACUUUACAGUGUCAUCAUCUCCAUCCUCAAUGCCCUUGACUCAUUUUCCAGUUGUCUCCAUUCUUAAUCCUCCACUUCUAGUCUAUAGUCGCCAUACAUGGGAGCAUCAGAACAUACCUACUCCACCAUCACUUACGCCUAUUGAUGACUCAUCUCCGGUUCCAUCUCCUUACCCGGUUGCGACUCCUCAGCACCUGUCGUCCCACGUCGAGGUACAUGGUCCACUCGUAAUCCAAAUCCUAUUUAUAAUUUUCUUAGUUAUCACCGUUAUAUUCUUUCAUGUGCAGUGUUGUGACUGCUUUAGACUCUAUCACUGUCCUCGCUCUUGGCGUGAGGCUUUGGGUCAUUCAGGGUGGUGUUAGACUAUGAUGGAGGAAAUGUCUGCUUUGUACACUAACAAUACUUGGGAGUUGGUUCCGUUACCGCUAGGAAAGACACCUGUAGCUUGCGGAAGGGUUUAUGCAGUCAAAGUUGGACCUGAUGGUCGCAUUGAUCGACUUAAAGCUCGACUUGUUGCAAAGGGCUUUACUCAAGUCAAUGCGUGGUUGGCUCUUCAUCAGCUUGACAUUAAAAAUGCCUUUUUGCAUGGUGAGCUUAAAGAAGAUGUAUAUAUAUGGAGCAAUCUCCUGGUUUUGUUGCUCAGUGGAAGUCUGGUCUUGUAUGUCGCCUUUGUCGUUCACUCCAUGGCUUGAAACAGUCUCCACGGGCAUGGUUUGGACGUUUCAGUCUUGUUAUUAAAGAAUUUGGUAUAUGACACAAUGUUUGUCUGAUCAUACCGUAUUCUUCAAGCAUAAUUUAGAAGUGUGACUCGUUUACUUAAUUGAGAUGAUAUGGAUGGUAUUACAAAGUUAAAGGAGCAUUUACACAAUCAUUUCUAGACCAAAGACUUAGGACCACUACGGUACCUCUUAGGAAUUGAGAUUGCCCAUUUGGGGUGUGUUUGUUUGGGGGUUUGGAUUUUGAGUUGGGAUUUGAAUAGUAAAAAUUUUAAAUUUGAAUAGUU